AUGAACGACGCUGCUGCACUCCUACGACUCUUCACCGACUAUCGCAAUGUCCAGCACGACAAGUCAUGUGCCGGUCUUGACAGUAGUGACGCCAUUGAGCAUUUGAUCAAGCAAUGGCAGGUCGUCGAUCUACCACUGCAGCGUGCCAACAUCGUCAUCGAGAUAGAUGGGAUGACUGUCGGCACCGGCGGCUUGGGCUGGAUUGGCAGAAGAAAGACUGAUGGCCAGCUGAUUGGUGACGCAGGCUUGAUGUUGGACACAUAUUAUCGUGGCUCAGGCUACGGCUAUGAGUCGUUAUGUAUGGUCAUUGAUCAUGGCUUUGCUGUCCUGGGCAUGGAUGAGAUACAUAUAGCAUGUGUAGAUGCUAAUACGGCGUUCAAGGGGCUGAUGAACAAAAAGUUCGGUUUCCAGGCUGAGAAAAUAGACGACAAGAUGUUCGGAAAUGAAUGGAUCUGGCGCAUCACUAAGGAGUCGUGGGAAGAGUGUACGCACUCUGCGCGAGGGCGAGGUCAAACUCAAGAGAAAGUCUGA